AUGGCAGCCGUCGCAGAGAAUGGUGCCCCGGUCGUGGCCGAUGAGAAUGCCUCUACUGAGGCCAAGGCUGGUGAUGCUGUUACCGUCUUCCACAACUCCGAGGACUUCAAUGUGAAGCACCCUCUCAUGCACGAGUGGACCCUCUGGUUCACCAAGCCUCCCAGCGGCAAGGGCGACAACUGGAACGACCUGCUCAAGGAGGUCGUCACUUUCAGCUCCGUUGAGGAGUUCUGGGGAAUCUACAACAACAUCACACCUACCUCCGAGCUCGGUCUCAAGGCCGAUUACCACCUCUUCAAGAAGGGCGUACGGCCCGAGUGGGAGGACCCCCAGAACAAGCACGGUGGCAAGUGGUCAUACCAGUUCAAGGACAAGCGCUCCGUCCCCAUCGAUGAACUGUGGCUGCACGCGCAACUGGCCGCCAUCGGUGAGACCCUCGAGGGCGAUGCCGACAACGAAGUCAUGGGAGUUGUUGUGAAUGUGCGCAAGGGCUUCUACCGAGUUGGUCUAUGGACACGCACCGUUGGCAAGAGCAUUCAAGGCGACAAGACUACCCGCACGCCCGCACAGGGCAAGGAGAUUUUGGAGGCGAUCGGACAGCGAUUCAAGGAUGUGCUGCGCUUGAACUUGGCCGAUGUGGUGGAAUUCUCAGGCCACACCGACAGCGCACACAGCGGUAGCACUCGCGCCAAGGCCAAGUACACUGUCUGA